AUGGAUGACCCAGCGAGUCGUGUCCCUGGGCAGUUGCUGCCUCAUAUGCAUCUCGUCUCGCGCAAUCGCUACCCUUUGAUGCACAUGCUGCCCACUGAGACCGUUGUCGAAUACCUCCUCGCUGCGCCCAAAAUAGUCCGCGAGGCGCCGAUGCACUGGACUUUCCUAGAUGGUCCUCAAGACGGCAGCGUAAUGCUGACAUGGCAGCCUCUCAACCACCUGGGUACCAACUUUGCGAGCGACGGCUACGUCUGGGCAGAUGUCGAGCAGGCUUUCACAUUCGAGAGCCGGGGUUACCUUGUUGAGAUGUGGCUGCACCGUAGCGGUUAUCAUCCUCCAAACGAGAACGUUGCUAUCCAUUGCCGCAGACGAUACCGGUUACUGCCAUCAAAGGUCCCGAACCCCAACCUGCCUCCGCCCGACCCUUCACUAUGGAUUAUCCACUACUCCAGAUCGCCACCAAACGACCACCUUCCGGCGAACCGAAUUCCUCUCCUACCUCAAGUUCAAGGCAUGUUGGCCCAGCGCCGGUUCCUGCAGAGCCAGGGUAUCUUGGCGCGCAAAGACUUCAUGCUGCAUGACCGCAACAACUGGCCCGCAAUCGGGCUGCCCCCCCAGAUGGCUGUCCAGCAGGGCUACCAACAACCCCAGGGCGCGUAUCCGAAUGCAAUGGCUGGGCGGCAGCCAUUCUACCCCCAAGCCGUCCCAGGUGCGCAGCCUCCCGCUGGAGCUGUUCAACCAAAAGCCCCGCGCGGGCAUCGCGCUACAUCGACGGCGGUCAAUGCGGCGACAACCGAUUUCGCACUUGAGGAUGAAGACGUAUCUGCGGGUGAUCUCAUGGACCUUUUGACACCCCGGGAAGUAAGCAAAAUGAGAUACCAACAACACCAUGAAUGGAUGGAAGAGGUUCUAGCGUCGCCUUUCGCUAUCAGUCAAAUCACCCCAGUCUCCUUGGGGCUUGGCAGAAAAGGCGAACUCGAGACCUUGACGGCUGGAUUCUUCGAUGCACCUGUUGGGCCCGCCAGCAGCGAGUCGGCAGAUGCCAAAGAGGCUAAGCAGACGACUAAACUGGAACCGGAAAAGGCCGAAGAGUUCGCCGAUCGCGUGGCUAAGAAGGUUGCGGAUAUGACAGCGGAAAUCGAGAAGCUGAAGAAACAGCACGCAAAGCGGAUGGAGAAGUUCAACCGUACCUCGUUGCUCAAGGACGCCGAGGUUCGACUACGAGAUGCUGCAGCAGAUCCUGCCGACACUGGGUCCGAACUUUGGCGGCUGGAAGGUCGCAUUGAAAUCCCCACAGACGAGGACAAUGUGCCUCUUGCCCCAAUUGAACACAGAGCUAAAUUCAAGGUUGAUGAUAUCGUCAAGGAGGUAGAGGGCUCAUGGAAGAAGCAAAUCGUACCGGAACCCAAAGUCUCGUGUAUCGAGAAGGGUGGCCUACUGGAGAAGAUUGAGCCAGAGCAGAAACCAGCAGAGCUAGAUAUCGAUAUGGACAAUGCGGAUAGUAACCUGCUCGACCAAUUCACAACCCAAGGGCCAGCAGAACAAACACUCGCGCCUCCUGCGCCUGUUUCACAGCCAACCGUCACACAUCAAGACCAGUCUUUGGCCGGUCUGGAUAUUGACAUGGACUUGGGCAACAUCCCACACGCAGGCACCGCAUCAGGCGAGACAGGCGAUUGGGUCAUGGUCAGCGACAAAAAGGACGACACCCCCGGUAGCGGCCUCCAAGGUCUGACUCCUGGGAACACGGGCGCAGACUCUGGCCUCGAUGGGGCCAACUUUGAUUUUACCAACAUGGAUAGCGCAGGCGAUGCGCUGGCCGCGUACACCGAACAAAACGAUGGACUCGAUCUGCCUGAUCUGGAAAACUCGGCGUUUGGAGAUGCGUUCCACGCGUCAGAUAAUGAAAACACCCACCACCAUGACGAUGACAUGUCUUGA